GUUCCCAGUCUCCUCAGCGACAACGGCCGGGGCCGGGAGGAGCGCGGCGGCGGCGGGCGCGGGCCUGGCCUGGCCGGUCCCUCUGCCCCCCCGGGCCUGCCCUGCCCGCGGCGGCCAUGGAGCUGGAGGUGCCCGAGGAGGCCGAAGGCUCGGGCGCUGCGGGCGCCGGUGCCAUCACCCCGGAGGCUGGCGCGGGGGGACUGGACUCGGCAGGAGGUCUGGCACUGAAGAAGGCGGCCGUCACCGAGGGACCAUCACUUCCAGGACAGCCUGGCCAAGGAAAGAAGAUAGGUCAUCGAGGUGUUGAUGCUUCUGGUGAAACCACCUACAAAAAGACCACCUCAUCCACUCUGAAGGGGGCCAUCCAGCUAGGGAUUGGAUAUACUGUUGGCAAUCUGAGCUCCAAGCCAGAGAGAGAUGUCCUGAUGCAGGAUUUCUACGUGGUGGAGAGCAUUUUUUUCCCAAGCGAGGGCAGCAACCUCACCCCAGCUCAUCACUACGCUGACUUCAGGUUCAAGACCUACGCUCCGGUGGCUUUCCGGUACUUCCGAGAACUCUUUGGGAUUCGUCCAGAUGAUUAUUUGUAUUCCUUAUGUAAUGAGCCUCUGAUAGAGCUGUCAAACCCUGGUGCCAGUGGCUCCCUCUUCUAUGUCACCAGCGACGAUGAAUUCAUCAUAAAAACUGUGAUGCACAAGGAAGCUGAAUUCCUACAGAAGCUCCUUCCUGGCUACUACAUGAAUCUAAACCAGAACCCACGGACACUGCUGCCAAAGUUCUACGGACUGUACUGUGUGCAAUCAGGAGGCAAAAACAUCCGCGUGGUGGUGAUGAACAACAUCCUGCCUCGGGUGGUGAAAAUGCACCUGAAAUUUGACCUGAAAGGCUCAACCUACAAACGCCGGGCAUCCAAGAAGGAAAAAGAAAAGUCCAGCCCUACCUACAAGGAUCUAGACUUCAUACAAGACAUGCCCGAGGGCCUGAUGUUGGAUGCAGACACCUUCAGUGCAUUGGUGAAAACGCUGCAACGUGACUGUCUGGUGUUGGAAAGUUUUAAAAUCAUGGACUACAGCCUCCUGCUUGGGGUUCAUAACAUAGACCAGCAAGAACGGGAGCGACAGUCGGAGGGAGCUCACAGCACAUCGGAUGAGAAGCGUCCCGUGGGGCAGAAGGCACUUUACUCCACAGCCAUGGAGUCCAUCCAGGGUGGGGCUGCCCGGGGGGAGUCCAUAGACACAGAUGACACGAUGGGAGGAAUCCCAGCAGUGAAUGGCAAAGGAGAGCGUCUCCUGCUACAUGUAGGAAUAAUAGAUAUCCUUCAGUCAUACAGGUUCAUCAAGAAGCUAGAGCAUACCUGGAAGGCCCUUGUCCAUGACGGGGACACGGUGUCAGUCCACAGACCCAGCUUUUAUGCAGAGAGAUUCUUCAAAUUCAUGACCAACACGGUGUUUCGAAAAAAUUCCUCUCUGAAGUCAUCUCCCUCAAAGAAAGGGCGUAGUGCCUUGCUAGCUGUCAAAAUGGUUGGUCCAACAGCUGCAUUCUCAGCUAGCCAGCUUCCCUCUGAAAAGGAUGAGACCCAGUAUGACCUUCGUGCAGCCAGGAGUUACCCCACGCUUGACGAUGAAGGCAGGCCAGAUCUGCUCCCCUGCACACCUCCCUCCUUUGAGGAAGCUACCACAGCCUCCAUAGCCACCACACUGUCUUCAACAUCUCUCUCUGUUCCUGAGCGAUCCCCUUCGGAGACCUCUGAGCAGCCCAGGUACAGGCGGCGCACACACUCCUCAGGGCAGGAUGGCAGGUCACACGAGGAGGUGCGAGUUGAGGAGGAACUUCAGCAGAUCAGUGUUGAGCUGGAGCCCAAGUGUGAUGUUGAGAUUGUAGCUCCUGAAGAAGAUGACAAAGAAGAGGCAGCUUCUUCAGCCUGUGCCAUUGUAACAUCCACAGCCACAAUAGAGGUGGAGACAGCCAGCCAGGCCUCCGAACCAGCCAGCCAGGCCUCGGAUGAAGAUGAUGUGCCAGUCACAGACAUAUACUUUUUCACAGAUGGGAGGUACUGGAUUUACUCUCCCCGCCAGCGCAGACUCCGAACCACCUCGCGUUCCUCUGGGAUUCCGACAGACGAGAGGAGUUGGGUUUACUCCCCGCUCCACUAUAGUGCUCAGCUCCACUCUGUCUCCGAUGAGGAGAGCGAUACAUAAUCUCUAUGCAGACACAGAAGCCCCAGAGAGCAGCGAUUCCCUCUGCAGGUCGAUGUGUUCCCUUUUCGUUGAUGCAGCCGUUCCAGUGAGAAGGGGAAGAGCUUGCUGACACCAGUACUGCUGCACUGCAGGAUCCCGGGCACUGCAUUUCAGGACGGAGCAAAACUAUAACCCUGUAUUUCUACUUAUCCCAGAUGUGGGCAGCAAAGAAACCACCCACUCACCCGCAGCUCCCACCGGAGACGUCCAGCUGGGUGUAGAGAAUCCUGGGUAGUAACACAGUGUUUUCCAGACAUGCACUACUGUAGCUACCUAUCCAUGUGUGAUACUGUGAACCUUUUUAAUUUUUUAAUCAUAUAUUUAUUUCUUUUAUCUUUGCACAGAGACAGCACAAAUGUGCUUUUUUUAAACAUUUAGUUUACUGCACUUUUUUUUUUCUUUCUUUCUUCUUUUUUGUUGUCAUAUGUUUGUGCACCAGAAAGGAGUGUGAGACCUCACUGGGGAAUUGGUAGGAGCACGUUGCAGGGGAGGGCAGGGACCAGAGUGGCUUCAUUUGAGGCAGCAGUGUGGUCUAACCAACUGAUGGAGUCACAAGGUUUAAGGCUGACCAGGUCAGCCAUGGUUCUGCCGAGUGACCUAAGGCAAGUCACUUAACCACUCUGUGCCUCGGUUUCCCCCGUGCUAUGGGUGCACAGUACCCACUUCCGUUACAGCACUUAAACCCUGGGAUGAAAGGUGCUAUGUAAAUGCAAUGUAUUAAAGGCCAUUGAAUAGAAUUGCUCCCAUGUUAGUUGUCCAAAGCAGCCAUGCCAAUUCACUUGGAAUCAAAAAUCACUAGUGACUUCUCUUGGUCUGUGUCACCGCGCGGGGGAAGCCAACGAUUCCUGGCGACAGUGACCUGGUCACCUUGGCCCUCCUGGAUGUCACGAUGGGUUCUGCCUUCACUGUGUGCUGCAUUGCUGUGUCAUCCUGUCCCUCUGCAGUCCCUCUGGAGCCCAUGCCUCAUCUGACCAGCUGCUUCACCUCCAGACCAGCACGGACAGAGGAGAACUGUGCACCCGGGACCCGCUGCGCCUGCUCCCCGCUCUGCCCAGCCCCAUCAGGCUUGUCUGGACACUGCAUCCUACUGCAGCCACUUAGCACCUCGCAUGUUCAUGGGUGUAUCUGACCCCCAAGUACUCGGGGGGGUCACAAACAUUGGGUUCACACGUAUCCUCUGUACCUCAGGGCAGUCAGGGAGGCGCGUGCAUGUCUGCACACACUGGAGGCAGAAGGAGAGGACUGGCUCUGCCACCUGAUCAUGCCAGGAGGUGGUGUGUUCAUGGACUCUGUUGGACAAAAUGUUGGGUGACUGGGAUGUUGCCUGUGGUAACAUCUGCUGUUGGAAAUCUCUUGCUUUGGAUGUUUGAGAGAGUUCGCUUUUCAAGGGCUGCAGGCAAGAGGAUUUGCUGUCACUGGGAAGUGUUCAGACUAGGCUCAUCCAUCUGCCAGCAGGACACACACCACAGUGUUGUCCUGAACUCCAGCAAUUCCAUCCUCAGCUCCCUGAGAGAAGACAGGAAAUCCUUUAGCUCAGAGGGAGCCAGGUCUGAUUCAUGUGCUUUAUGAGCCUCGUUUCAGAAGAGGGUAAAAAUCUCUUUAUUGUCAUUACAAUCUUCAGACUGUC